ACACGUGUGUGUGAGAGAGAGAUGGCUGCUCUUAGUGGCUCAAGGAACUGUCUUUUAACUAGAUUUACAUCUUUGGCCUGUUGGGGAAAGAGCAUUAAUCCAUACAAGUUUUCCAGUGAAGCCUUGAACAGACACCAGCAUCAAGUGACUAAGUGCCAGUCAUGGAACAAAAGUAAAAACAGCAGAUGCUACUUAAUGACUGAAAGUUCCAACACCUACAGUAACCUCAUUAAUAAAAGUCAAGUGCGGCUUUUGAACCCUAAGAAUGAAGGAAUUUGCAAUGUCGCACACAACUGUUCUAGGAGGCCUUGUAUUCUCUCUGAGCAAAGGGCAAGAGGACUUUCUUUUCAAAAAUCUCAACACUUGACUGCUUCUCAGAGUGUCCAGUUUCACAGGCCUUUUCACAGAUCUUCAGCACUGAAGGCGGCUCCCGUUCCAAUCUUGUGGAUUCUGUUGAAGCCAGUUCAGAAACUAUUUGCUGUCAUCCUUGGGAGGAGCAUAAGAAAAUGGUGGAGGGCACUUCCUCCAAACAAGAAGGAGCUGUUUAAAGAAGCCGCAAGAAGAAAUAAAUGGAAGAUAGCCCUGGGCCUGUGUACUUUAGGAGUUGUAUUUAUCCUGUUUUAUUUUACUCACUUGGAAGAGACACCAAUCACUGGACGCUCUCGGCUUUUGGUGUUUCGGAAAGACCAUUUUGCUGAAUUGUCCCAAAUGGAGUAUGCCAUGUGGGUCGAAGAAUUUAAAAGCAGAAUGUUGCCUGAAACGGACCCCCGUUACCAGGAGGUCAAAGAAGUCUUUUUGCAUUUGGUUGACAGCAACAAGGAUUUUCCAGGACUCUCUGAGUUCAAGUGGACUAUCCAUGUGGUGGAAGGGCCAGACAUUAAUGCUGUUGUGCUUCCAAAUGGACAACUAUUUGUUUUCACUGGUAUGCUAUCUGCUGUGUCAGAUAUCGAUGAACUGUCUUUCAUUUUGGGACAUGAACUUGCUCAUGCUGUUCUGGGACACGGGGCAGAGAAGGCGAGCCUGAUGCAUUUCGUGGAUUUCGUGCUGCUCAUUCUUCUCAUAAUGAUUUGGGCUGUUUGCCCUGGAGACAGCUUAGCAAUCGUAGGCCACUGGCUCCAAGCUUGGUUUCAAGAGUUGCUGUUCAAUAGGCCAUAUAGCAGGACACUGGAAGCUGAAGCUGACAAAAUUGGGCUUUGGUUUGCUGCUAAGGCUUGUAUGGAUGUAAGAGCAAGUUCUGUAUUCUGGCAGAAAAUGGAGCUAGCUGAGACUCUAACAGGGCAACCAAGAGUGCCAGAAUGGUUUUCUACACACCCCUCCCAUGAGAACCGAGCUGAGCAUUUGGACAGACUUAUUCCAGAGGUAAUUAAAAUCAGGGAGCGCUGCAAUUGUCCAGCUUUGCCUGGACAGGAUCCACGCCUUGCUUUCAAACUGGCCAAGCAAGAAAUUCUGCAAUCGUCUAAAAACGAGGGAGCCCUAAACCUCACUCAUGAUGCUCAUUACAGAACAAAGGAGAAGACACACGUGGGCAUAGCAGCUGAGAAAUAACUCUGCAGGUGAAGGCAGAAAUGCUUUAUGGAUUAACGUUACCCAAAUUCCCAAGGCAAGUACUGUGCUUUUCAGGAAACUGCUUUGGAAAUUUGAAGUUGCCAGACUGAUGGACAGUGCUAUUAAUUUAUGGCCACAAUUUUUGACAGUGAUGUGCCUCUGGAACUCAGCUCUUGAAUGGAUUUGCAGAAGAAUGCUUCAUAUGCACAAGGAAUACAAGGAGCAGUUUCCGUGAUGGAAGAGAACAGGAAACCUUUGCCUGCAUGGGGGCAGGGGUGUUCAGCAGCGCCCCAGAUGGCACUCGCAUACAUACUGCAUGUAUAAACAGGCUGCAAUAGCAAAUCCUCUUGUACACCGAAAUGUUAGCCUGACAGUCAGAACUAUGUCUUUUACCAAUCAUGUUAUAAUCUCCACCACCCCCCUCCCCCGUUUCCCAAUGGAUGUCUCAAAGGGAUGUCCAGCUGAGUAUGGUGGGGAGGGCAAGGAGGGCUGCAUAUUGGAAAAAUGGAAACAUGACUUCUGUCUAAAUGUCUAUCCGUGGACAGUUCUUGCAAUGCAGUUUUAAGUUGUAUCCCCAGGCUCAAGUUGGAUACAAAUCUGUCCCAUUGUCGCAAAUAAUGAAACAGUAUCCCUUACCUGUGUAAAUCCUCUUGAAUUUGUUGCAAGCUCAGUUAGUUUUGUCCAAUGAUAUUUAUAAAAUCAUGGUAAGAAUUCACUGCCUUUUACAAGGAUCAAGAUGCAAUAAACUGACCAGUGGUCUGGUUCGAAUAUCA